AUGAUCUUGAGCUUGACGGCCAAAGCAGUGGCCAUGACUUCGCUGACCACCGGGGCCCUGGCGGUGGCCACUGAGCUGGGAACGGUGGACUUCUACAUGGAUGCGGCCCUGAAGGAGCCCAUCAGAACACGGGCUGAACUGCAUGUCGGCAAGCACAUAGAUGAUGUGCAAAUCUUGGACAAUUGGGGCGUUGUGGCCGUCGGCCAAUGUGGGCUGAAGAUCUUCACUACUGCGGCUUUAAGCACUGGAGGAGUUGCCCUGCACUCGGUCCAAUUUGCCGGCUGUCGGCGCAAGACAGGACAUGGUGUCGCUGUGCAGUCCAUUGGCGAUCUCCUGGCCGUCGCGUUUGCCACCCCGGCUUGGCUGGAGGCAGAGACGGGUGGCAUGUUGCAGCUCUACAGGAUCGCAAAGGACAUGGCGCAGCCGAAGCUGAUAGGCCGAGUGUCUUUCCCCGGCGACGUCUUGAGGACAGCAGUCCUCGGCGACUACUUCUUAGUGGCGAGCACCUACCAAAUCUUCGACGGGGCGUUGAGAUUUUAUAGCGUGGACGCAUUGACAGCCGGUGCAGCCCCGGAAAUCGAAAUCACAUUCGAUUCGGUGAUCUAUUCGGUGGCUGCGUUGACUACGACAGUGCUGGCGGUAUCACUGCAAUUUGGUGGUGUCCUGAUCGUUGAUGUGGACUUCGAGCAGCGAUGCUUAAGACGCAUCGCCCAGCUCCGAGUUCCUGACGGCUCGCCGUCAGCCGUGUUGGGGUUGCCUGACGGAGCUGGCGUUGCGGUGGCCAUGGGCACUUCAAUCGAGUUCUUCCAAGUUGACUUGCAAGCACUCGUGGGAAAGGCGGCGAAUUCAGCCGAGUGUCGCAAGAACUUCUCGAGCUUGGGUGGGUCGGACGAGAUCCCGCCGAAUGUGACGCUGCCUACCUACCAGUCGACGAUCCAGGACGUCCACGUGCUGCCAACUGGCCUACUGGUGGGAUCUCACUUCUUCGAUUGGGACGGAGCCAAGUCGAAAUGCAGCUCGGGCGAGUACUCGCCAGAAGGGGAGGUUGUCUGCCAGCCCUGUCGGCAUGGCUGGCUGUCUACGGUGGGGCAAGGUGGAUGCUUCUACAUGACCUGGUUCACAUUUUCUGCAUGGGUGGCGCUGCCUAUGGCAUGUGUGCUGGCGGGCGUAGCUCUGAUCGUUGGCCGGGGCGUCCAGCCUAUCCAGAUGCAAAACCCUAUAAUCGAAGAGGAGGAGGCAGGUGGGUCCGCAACGACAACGGCUACAACUACAAUGAUCGCAGUCUUCGAGAUGGAUGCCGGGUCGGUGGCCUCGCGUGCAUCCAGCAGGUUGGGCGUGGAGUUUUCCUUGAGUCGGAUGGCCGCCUUGGGCGGCUCUGUCUGUUUGGUUGUUGCAGUCCUCCUGCUGCCACCGCCUUGGGAUGUGGAAAGCUUGGGCAUUCUGACGGCGGUCGGAACUUUGCUCGGCUUGCUCAUCUUGCCUAGCCAAAGGCAGCGCGGCCACCCCAUCCGCAGGCUGCUGACGCCCUUCUUGAUGAUCCUACUGAUGCUGCAAGCGGAGAUCCUGGGUCGCAUCGCAAAGGAGUACAGCUUUUUCAACGAGUCAGUGACUUUGCUGGGCUUCGUUGCCACAUCGAACAAGGAGUAUUGGACUUGGGUGAGCCUUCACAUGGGAAUCUGCCUCGCCAUCCUGGCAGCUGAAAUCCUUCGUCAGCAGGGCUGCCAGGACCUGCCCACCGAGGCCAAAGUGCUGGAGGGCGAGCGGAGCCGGAUGCCAAAAGUGCUGUUGCCGUUCUACAUGCGUGUGCACUAUGGGAUGGCCACAGGCAUGCUGGUCCACUUGAUCGCCGGCGCGAGCGAUGCGUACACCAUGGUGAUUUUCGCCGCUUCAUUCGAGGAGGUGACCGAAGAGCAGCUGAAUGCGCAGCGCCAGGUGCUGAUUUUUACAACGCUGCUGAUAAGUUGCUUCUCCCUGCUGAUGCAUGUCUUUGCCAUGCUCUCAACACGAUACGGGAAUGUCUAUCCGUGGCUAUUGGCUUUCGAGGAUCGACACCUCCGCGGCAGCGUCACCUGUCGCUUCCUGCUCCUGUUCUUCAAGCUGAUAUACCUCCUCCUGCCGAAUGAGCGAAACAUGAACGACUGCAGUGGUGGCCCUCCGUGUGAUGUCCAGUACGCUUGGGCAUGCUACGGCGAAGGAUACUGCCCAGAUGCGUGCGUGAAAGGCAUGCAGGGUGGCUCCUGCGUCGUUGCUAUGAAAGAUCCCCAAGAACUUCAGUGCGUCUGCAUCGGAGUGAGGCCCAUCCGGAAGCAGGUUGCGCUCAGCACAUUGAUCUCCAUUGUGGUCAUCUGCGGCAUGACGUGCAUGAGGAUCGGUCGUCUCUGGAAAUGCGAGGCCUACCUCAAGACCCCGCGACCACGUGCAGGCCUGGUGGCCUACAUUGUGUUGGCCCUGGGGCCGCAGAUCUGGCUCCUGGGUUUCACCGUGUUCCUCAUCCUCUCCAACCCCACUCUGAACGAGACCAGCUACCUUUUAAUGGCGCUGACGGUGGGCUUCGUCUCCUUGCUGCCGGCGGUUAUGUUGGCAAACGAAUGCAAGUGGACGUUGGCUUCUUGGGCCCCGCCACAGCCCUACCGCUCUCGGAACGCUCUGCGCCUCGGCGCCUCUGGGGCACCGGCACUCCGUGGUGUGUCCUGCUUCUUUGCGGCCGCCGGCGCAGUAUGGCAUGCGCAACACAACUCGUUGUCGCCGCAUCUCGUCGCUCUGCUUCUGUCGCUCAUCGCAGUCAUGUCGCCUCUCGCACCUUGCAGAUCCAUGCCUGAGUGA